AUGUACCAGAGCCUGGCCAUGGCCGCCAACCACGGUCCCCCUCCGGGGCCCUACGAGGCGGGCGGCCCGGGCGCCUUCAUGCACGGCGCGGGCGCCGCGUCCUCGCCGGUCUACGUGCCCACGCCGCGGGUGCCCUCGUCCGUGCUCGGCCUGUCCUACCUCCAGGGCGGAGGCGGGGGCACCGUGUCCGGGGCCGCCUCGGGCGGCAGCUCAGGGGCCGCGCCGUCGGGCGCAGGGCCCGGGACCCAGCAGGGCAGCCCGGGCUGGAGCCAGGCGGGGGCCGAGGGGGCCGCCUACACCCCGCCGCCCGUGUCGCCGCGCUUCUCCUUCCCGGGCACCACCGGGUCCCUGGCCGCCGCCGCCGCCGCCGCCGCGGCCCGGGAAGCCGCGGCCUACAGCAGUGGCGGCGGGGCGGCGGGCGCCGGCCUGGCAGGCCGCGAGCAGUACGGGCGAGCCGGCUUCGCGGGCUCCUACUCCAGCCCCUACCCCGCCUACAUGGCCGACGUGGGCGCGUCCUGGGCCGCGGCCGCCGCCGCCUCCGCCGGCCCGUUCGACAGCCCGGUUCUGCACAGCCUGCCCGGCCGGGCCAACCCUGCGGCCCGACACCCCAAUCUCGGUGAGUGCUGA